GCCAAGUGGCGCGCCAGACAGCGCAGCCGCAGCAGAACAGGCGCAGACAGACACAGCAGCAGCCAUGGCAGACGAAAAACCUAAGGAGGGAGUGAAGACGGAGAACAAUGAGCACAUCAACCUAAAGGUGGCAGGGCAGGAUGGCUCAGUGGUGCAGUUCAAGAUCAAAAGGCACACUCCUCUCAGCAAACUGAUGAAAGCGUAUUGUGAACGACAGGGGCUGUCAAUGAGGCAAAUACGGUUUCGAUUUGAUGGUCAGCCCAUCAAUGAAACAGACACACCCUCGCAGCUAGAAAUGGAGGAUGAAGACACGAUUGAUGUGUUCCAACAGCAAACCGGAGGCUCUUCUCUUUAAAGACUGUUUCCUACGAACAUCCCUACCUCCCCUCUUCAUCCCAGAACAUGUUUGUUAUGCCCAGUCUUCAAAUGUUCAUGACCAGUGUUGAUACCAUCCAGUGGAAUACUUUUUCAAAAUGCUGGAAGACAGCAGCACAGUUGGUGUAGAUAGAUUUUAUCACACUGUCAUUCAUGUGUUAACAUUUCUGAACUGCGCAUUGUAGACAACUUGUAAGCUGCAGUGAGUCUAAUGUGCCGAAGAAAUUAAAAGCUUGUCAUGAUUUUUUUUGUUUUUCUUUCUUUCUUUUAGGAAGUUUUGGGGGAAAAAAAUCAUUGGUCCUUGUUUUUGUUUUUAUACUUAUGUCAUUGACGUUUUGAUUCAGAUGGAAUUUUGUUAUUGUUGUCAAGUACGCCUGCAUUUUAAAUCCACUGACAUCUGUUGUUAUGAAAAUGUAGUAUUGGAAUAAAUUGAGUUUUUUUUU